AUGUCCGACGCAAAUCCCACACCCACAUCGAGCGGCGCUUCGUCGUCAAGGCCCAGCUCCGCGGCAGGACCCAGCACAGCACCACCACCCUCCACAACUACAAAGCAACCGCCAAAGCAACCUGCAACUAUCAACGACAAAAAGCUGUCGGCCAAGGAACUCAAGGCCGCACGAAGAGCUGCCAAGGUGGCUGACCGAGGUCCGACAGAUGACGCGACUCCGCAAAGAGGAUCACCAGGUGCCAACGCGGCACAGCGAGGCGGUGCAGCUGAUCGUACUGCUCCACAAAACACCAAACGACCCGGUUCGUCGUCUGCGAACGCAGCGGGAGGCAAUGCCAGGUCAGGUGGCGGUGCCAGUGGUGCAGGUGCAAUCGCGGCAGCUUCGUCUUCGGCGGGUGGAGCAUUCACGGGUGCUUCCAUGGCAGCCACGGCCUCGAGCUCGGGCGCAAGAAGGGGUGGCGCUCACGACAACGAGCUUGCCUCCAAAGCCAUCCCGCAACAUCCCAGCGUCGCUCUCUUCGGAAAUGUCUCGUCCGGAAAACCACACAACGCGCACAUCGCCGCCCAAGUAUCGGCCUCGUUCCGUGCCAACAUCCACCCGUCCAUCUUGCGCCUUUCGUCGCAGCUCGCACAGUACAAACUCAUAGGCGCAGACACGCGCGCCAUCGCUCUGCUGCGUGCCAUGGCCGAUGUGAUCCGCGACUACACCACACCCCGCGGCGAGAUGCUUAACCGCGAUCUGCUCAAGAUUGUCUCGGCUCAAGUCGGCCAUCUGGUGGACGCCCGUGCGAUGGGCACGUCCCAAGGUGUAGCUGUGCGCUACCUCAAGUACGAGAUCUCGGUGGUCAGUGCCGACUUGACCGAGGACGAGGCCAAGGAGCAUCUGCUGGAGCGCAUCGACCACUUUGUGCGCGACCGUAUCGUCUACGCCUCCAAGAUCAUCCGCACCCAGGCAGGCAACAAGAUCAAGGACGGCGAUGUCGUCAUGACGUUUGCGCGCUCGUCGGUUGUCGAGGGAACGCUGCUGGCUGCGUGGCAACGCGGUGUGCGCUUCGAGGUCAUUGUCGUCGACACGCGACCACUGCUCGAGGGCAAGGCGUUGCUCUCGGUUCUGCUCGCCGCCGGCAUCCCAUGCACCUAUGGCCUCAUCUCGAGCCUUUCCUCGCUCAUGCCCAGGGCUGACAUCCUACUGCUCGGCACAUCGGCACUGCUCGCCAACGGUGCGCUCUACUCGCGCGCGGGCACGGCAACCUGUGCAAUGAUGGCCAAGGAAAAGGGCAUCCCCGUCAUCGUCUGCUGCGAAACGUACAAGUUCAGCGAGCGUGUGCAGCUCGACUCAUUUGUGCAGAACGAAGCUGGAAAUCCAAGGGACUUGCUUUUGCCGCCGUCGGAACAGGCGUUGGAAGUAGAUGGAGACGAGGAGGCCGAGACGCAGCAGAAGAGGGGGCUGAUCGAUGCUACUGAGUGGCAGGCCUCGCCGAAUCUGGCAGUGAUCAAUCUGCUGUAUGAUGUGACGCCGCCUAGGUUUAUUUCGGCCGUAGCGAGCGAGGUAGGGCUGUCGGGUCCCGAGAGUGUAGGCGUAAUCUUGCGCGAUUACAAGAGUGUGCUGUAUGGUGUCUGA